UCAGCUUGCAGCGCUUCUCGUCCUGGAACCGCUGUGAUCAUCUUAAAGGAAACGUUUCCUACUUCAACAAAGUUGACGUUCAGUAGGCUAUGUUUUUUUUUUAUUAUUAUUAUUUGUCGACACACAUUGUGCCAUAGCGCAAGUCUGGUGCCUUUAAGCACAAAAGAGCAGUCUUUCCCAGUACCUUCAAGCUCUGUCAUUCUGGAGCCAAGUUCACCACUUGUCCUGAGUGCAGCACUAGAUGGAACGAGCACUUAUUUUCAAGACACGUUUCCUUUUCCUUUAACUGGGACACCUAAUGCGAUAUCAUGAAAAUCAUGAUGGCAUGGAUAGAAUAUCUGUGUAGAUUUGUUUAAACGCACUGUAUUCCUUUCUUAAUACUUUUCUUUUCAGAAUUAGCUUUUAUUUUCCUCAAACACUGCAAUACAAUCAUGGAUACAUUGGUGGGUUCGGAGAAGUCUCAUCUUAUCAAUGAGAAGAAAACGAAAAUUUACAGUCAAAAAUUAAAAAGCCCAGUCACAGGAUCCAAGGAGGUCUAUCCAAACUUCCCAAGCGAGAAUGGCAACUCAGGCACGACAAUCGAGCUGGAGCGACACGUCGGACAGCAUUGCCAUGGAAAGGCAACCAAGACCAUUGAAAGCAGAGAGACAGAGUUGGCAAGGAAGAAACUCUACAUUGCUUCUGUAGUGUGUUUGAUAUUCAUGAUUGGAGAGGUUAUCGGUGGCUACUUAGCUCAUAGUUUGGCGAUCAUGACUGAUGCAGCGCAUUUACUCACAGACUUUGGGAGUAUGAUGGUCAGCUUAUUCUCCCUGUGGGUUUCAUCAAGACCCCCCACCAAGACCAUGAACUUUGGUUGGCAGAGAUCAGAGAUUUUGGGAGCCCUUGUGUCGGUGUUGUCUAUCUGGAUUGUGACAGCGGUGCUGGUGUACCUGGCCAUCAUUAGGAUCGUCAACAACGACUAUGAGAUCGAGGGCCAUGUGAUGGUGAUUACCUCUGGCUGUGCCGUUGGAGUUAAUAUUAUAAUGGCCUACAUUCUGCACCAGUCCACCACGUUUCACAGUCACAGCCAUGAUUCUGGUUAUCACAAACUAGAUGAUGCUGUCGAGAGCCCAGACAGUCUUGGGCAUGGACACUCACACUUUGGUCACCAUGGCAACACCAGCGUGAGAGCUGCCUUCGUCCAUGUCAUUGGAGAUCUACUUCAGAGUGUUGGAGUGCUGAUUGCUGCGAUUAUUAUUUAUUUUAGGCCUGAAUACAAAGUAGCAGAUCCAGUCUGUACCUUCCUGUUCUCUGUUUCCGUCCUGGGAACCACUGUCACCAUCUUAAGGGAUGUCUUCAGAAUACUAAUGGAAGGUGCCCCAAAGACAAUCCAGUUUAAUUCUGUUAAGGAGGUCCUGCUGUCUCUAAAAGGUGUGAAGGCAAUGCACAGCCUGCGCCUGUGGGCCUUGACGCUCAGUCACACAAUGCUCUCAGUCCAUAUUGCCAUCGAGGAGGAUGCUGACACACAAACAGUGCUUAAGGAAGCCACAGAGCUCCUGCAGAAUAAAUUUGGCUUCUACAGCACGACCAUUCAAGUGGAGAACUACUGUGAAGACAUGUCACACUGCACACAGUGUCAAGACCCAACAGACUGAGACUGAUGAGGUCCCCGGAUUCUCAGGAACCCCCCGGCCCUCUCCCCUGGGAGGAUGAAAGGGCCUUUCUGAUCGAGGGGUUUUAAUGUCUGCCGGUGUACAUAUUAUUGAGACACGUUUUCAAGGCAUUACUACAUUGUGUAACCAGAGGUAAAAAAAUCAUGGGAGUACAAAAGCAUUAUCACAGUCGUACAAAAGCCUUAGCACAAUAUUUGUUUUACAAACGCACUUGGCUAACAGUCACAGAUGCUUUCAUUUAAAACCAAAUGUUAUUUUAAAGUAGUGUUUGCAGCUGAAUGCUUGAUUUCUGAGGUCCAUCAUGGGUGGACACUGCAUAAAAUCCUCAGGAUAUAGUGAUUCCCGUUAAAUAAAUGCUGAUUAAAGAAACUUAAAUACAGUAGAUAACAGUUAAGAACAUAAGAAAGGUUACACACGAGAGGAGGCCAUUCGGCCUAUCUUGCUCGUUUGGUUGUUAGUAGCUCAUUGUUCCCAGAAUCUCAUCAAGCAGCUUCUUGAAGGAUCCCAGGGUGUCAGCUUCAAUAACGUUUGAGGUUAUUAUUUUUAAGUUCUGCUCCUGAGGCUAAUUGCUUGUUAUUUAUACGGGGCGGAUAUUUUCAAAAGGAUUUGCCGUGCAACACAGCAGGAAUCUCUAGUCGUAUAAUUACACCUUACCUGUCUGGUGGAAGUCUGUUUCAGGAAGAGGAGGUGGGGGAGUGGGGUGGGGGUGGUAGCUUCACACCAUGAUAAAAGUUAGGCCAGGUCAAUAAAUGUGUCAAACUUUGUCAAAAAUGUCUGCAUCGUAGGCAUUGUAUAGUGCCCUAAAAUAAAUAAGUGCUUCAUAAGAUUAUAUAGCUUGUGCUUAAGAAACUUAUAAAAUGUAGUUUUAUUUUCUAGAUUAACUUUCUAUUUAAGUGAAGUUUAAAAAAAAAAAAAAAGAAAUUAAGAGAGAUGAUAGACUUUUUUUUUUAUAUCAUCAUUCCUUGAAGCAUUCUGAACAAUUUGUUAGCUGCAGUGAAGUAAGAAACACCAUUUAAUUUAUAGUGCAUAUCAAUUCUCAUAAGAACAUUUUUAACAGCUCAUACAUAAUUCAUCAGCUGGUAUUCAAUUUCACUCAGCCUAGUCAUGCAUUACAAAUAGGAUGAACAAUGAGAUGAAGGCUAUGAGGCAUUACACCACUGCAGAUUCUUUCUUAACACACUCACCUUUACUGGUGGCUGUUUCACAUUCAACAUUCUGACACUAUGUUGAGUUCAGAAAACUCAAUACAGUGUCAGAAUGCUGUAUGUAAAAUGGGUAUGCCAUCUGACCUUGUACUGCUAAGCUUAUGCUAUACAGACAAGUGUAUAUAAACAUUGUAUGAAUGUACAUUCUAUACAGGUUAAGUACUGAAAAACACUUGAAUGGUGUAGAUUGGUUCAGACUUUGUGGGGAGAUGCAUAUUAAAGGUCAUCCUUGGCAUUCCUAGGACACAUUGCUUGACCAGAGUGCAGUAUAAAGUGACAUUAAAGCAAUAUGCUUGAAAUGCAAGGAAGUCACGAGCAUGUCGGCAUGUGGUCUUGUUUCUUGUUACUAUUUAUUUGCUUCACCAUUUAAGUAACCCAUGUGUGUGAGAGCCUGCAGGUAUUCAAGGACACAUUGUAUUUGCAUGGCAUCUUGGGACAGGAAGUUACUGCCAAAUAUCUGUGGGUUAAAGCUGGUAUAAAUAGUUAACUCUUUCCCUCGUACAGAACCAGAGCCAUUUCAAAUGGUUCAAUUGGGACCAAAAAGCAGGAAAACGCAGAUUCUAGGCAUACAGUUUAGUGUACAAGCUGUAGCCAGGGCAGAUACUGUGCAGCAAGAUAGAAACGUACAUACACUACCCCAGGCAGACAAGAUAACAAACAAACCUUCAAUUCUGUACCCUACCCCAUGAAACGGUAACAUAGUGCGAGACGCUACAGUGAGCUAUAUUUAAAAAUAGAAAUAAAUUAUAAAUUUUGUCCAAGGAGGAAAAUGCUAGAAAAAUCUACUUGCCCCCUCCCGUCACACAAAACACACACAACAAAGCAGAAUUUAACUUGUAGGAUUUAAGUUUUAUUUAACAGUGAUUCAAUUAAUGAUUAACAGGGGCAGAUCAGCCUUGUAGCUUGAUGGUUCACUAAAUUAUUCAAGAUACACAAAAGGUUCCCUGUGACCCCACCUCACCUCAACAAAUGUGUAACAUACUUUAAGGAAACGUUCCUUUCAGUGCAGUUUGAAACACAUUUGCUAGUAAAUGUAAGUAACAUGCUAAGACUACAACUAUAAUAAGCAAUACUUGGAGUUAUUCAAAUAUAAAAAUAGCUUCUGUCUGUUAUAUAACAUUUAAAUCUAAAACAUAUGUAAAUAUGGUAAAUGGCAAACUAGGUUAGCAACACUAACGUCGAAAGAUAAAACAAUCAUUACAUUUUUAGCCAGGGAAAGUUGAAAUGCUUUAAACAGUAAACCACUCUUUUUUUAAACAUCCCAACAAGUACACGCUUGACCACAAAGUAGACUUUUUUUUGUAACUUUACUAGAUUGGCUCAUUUAAAUGUCAGGUUCAUGUAUUAAAAAAGCAGGAUCACUUAUAUGAUUUUUCCACAGCUAGCCAAUCAGAAGUGAUAGGGGUGGGACGUAAACACUUUUUAAAAUGUUUGUGUGUAGGUGCUAGACUUCCGCAAUUCAUGCAAUUACACUAUAUAAUUAGGGCUUCUGUUUUUAUUAAUUUAAUUUUUCUGUGCUUAUUUUUUAGCUAUAUUUGAGUUUUAUGUAAUCAUUUUCUUUCAUGGCUUUUGCUUUUUAUAUACUGUGUGAAAGUAUUGUUUUCGGUUACUUUCCAAAAUGCUUGGGCAUUUUUUUCUGUCAAAAUAUGUAUAGUACUAACUCGACAGUACUUGCACACUUAAGUUGUACCUUCUUUCCUUUGCUGUCUUCCACAACAAAAUCCUUAUGGUCACGGGCACAUUCUUCUGGGUUUUUUGAGUGUAGGCAUUUCUUUACAUUUCGCCACAAUUUGCGAUUCUGUUUUAAAACCUCUGUAUCGUAACUGUGUAAUACAGUUUUAAAUCCCACAAACAAGCCUCCAUUCGUAAUUGUAAUCUUGUCUUAAAUCUUGCAAGCAGAGUCUCCAAUAGAAAUGUAGGAAUGUGCUGCCACUCAGUAGUUGGGGCGGGUUUAAAGCUCCAGGAGGGAUGGUGAAGGUGGUGGCAGCGUGAGCCGCUCCAGGAGGGAUGGUGAAGGUGCUGGCAGCGUGAGCCGCUCCAGGAGGGAUGGUGAAGGUGCUGGCAGCGUGAGCCGCUCCAGGAGGGAUGGUGAAGGUGCUGGCAGCGUGAGCCGCUCCAGGAGGGAUGGUGAAGGUGCUGGCAGCGUGAGCCGCUCCAGGAGGGAUGGUGAAGGUGCUGGCAGCGUGAGCCGCUCCAGGAGGGAAAGCAAGGACGGCAGCAUCAGAUGAAGUGGAUGGCCGUGCUCCCUGUCAGUUCCAGGCCAAUAAUGCACUAGCCCUGCCCGAGAGACCUGGUGGCCAGAGCACGAUUAAAGCUGAACGCUAUGAUGGGACUUCGCCCUGGGAAGCCUACCAGGCAAAGUUCUGCCUGGUGGCCCGGGUGAGUGGAUAGGGCCCUGAAGAAAAGUCCAGACAUCGCUGGAGGGCCAGGCAUUGCAGGUCCUACUUGACCUUGACACAGACUUUAGGGUUUGCCACUGCUCUCAGCCGGCGGUUUGGGAAGGUCAAGCCAGAGAUGAGCCUGCGCCACUGACUGGCUACUUGAAGCUGUGCCAGUGGAGAGAAACUGGGGAUUCUGGCAGCGGAUGUCCGGUACCUAGCUCGGGGGCGUAUCUAGCGUACCCGCCAACGGUGCAGGAGGACUUGGUGGCAGAGGUGUUUAUCUGCGGCCUGGCCCCCACCACACUCUGACAGCAGGUCUGGCAUGCCACCCCAACCUCCCUAUAGCAGGCUGUGGCCCAUGCUGAAUGGGUCAUGGUUGUGCUCGAGCAGAGUUGUCGAGACCGGGCCAUGAAAUGGGUCUGCGUUGCUACAGGAGAGGGGAGUGGAGGUUAAAGUGAUAACGAGACCACGGUCCAGCAGGUGUGGACUCCAGGCCACCAAGAGAAAUGCUGCUGGAUGUGCGGGAAGCCUGGCCAUCUCCUGGCCCAAUGCAGACGCCCAGAGGCACCCUGUGAGGGACAGCUGCUCCAGUAUCUCCCCUCCUUUCCCAGAGGUGACGAUGUGGUGGCGCUGGUGGGCCACCAGGAUAACAGCCUACACGCACCUUGCUCCACCAGUGGGGUCCAGUGCAAAACCCUGGUCGAUACUGGCUCCACCAUCUCCAUCAUACGGCCUGGAGUCCUUCAGCCGAACAGUAACUGGGCAAAUCGCUCUUAUGCUGGGAUGGCAGCUCCUUAAAAUUCAGUUAGGAAGCCUAGUUGAACACAAGUUCUGGAUGGCGGAUAUCCAGGACUGUUGUAUUCUGGGGCUGGACGAAAGAGCCAAAGUGGGGGCACCCUCGAACUGGCUGCUGGGGCUGUGUUCGUUGGCCAAGACCACCUUCAGCUCUCUGUGGACCUGGAACUUGGGGAGGAGAGCCGGCUGAGCGAGCCAACAUUGCUGCACCACCCGAAGAAGAGCAAGGCUUGUCGGACGCGGAGGGGCAGGACCCGGCCUCUCUCAGAAGCAGAUGACAGUGCUGUGACACCUGCUGUGCUGGUGCAGAAGAAGGAUGGGUCACUGCGAUUUUGUGUGAUUUACAGGAAGCUCAAUGCAGUGACCCGUAAAGACUCGUACCCCCUUCCCAGGAUUGACGAGGCGCUGGACUGUAUUACGGCCUCUCAUUGGUUCAGCUCCCUUGACCUGUGGAGCACCUACUGGCAGGUUGAGUUGGCUCCCGAGGUGUGCCUGAAGACUGGUCAGGGCCCCAGAAGACUUUAAUUCUGGAUACAGAUGCAAGCAAUGUGGGGAUCGGGGCAGUGCUGGCCCAGGAGGGCCCGGGUGGAGAGUGAUUCAUGGCAUACUACAGCCGGGCACUGAGCAAGCCUGAAUAGAACUACUGCAUGAGCACCUGGCUGUGAUACAGGGCAUGCGCCAUUUCCAACCGUACCUUUACGGCCAGAGAUUCCAUCUGCGCAUAGACCAUGGAUCCCUGCAGUGGCUACUCAAUAUCCGCAAGCCUGAAGGACAAGUGGCCAGCUGGAUUGAGGCCCUGCAGGGGUACGACUACUCUGUGUAGCACAGAGCCAGCCACUUGCACAGCAAUGCGGAUGCUUUGUCCCGGCUCAGAGAGGGGUUCAACUGGGGACGGUGCUGCUGCGACCACUGCACUGCCCAGAAAGACCCGCUGAACCGCCCCUGGAGCGCUUUGGCGUGGACAUCCUUCGCCCCUUCCCUCGGUCAGAGCGGGGCAACAGGUUCGUCCUUGUCGCCAUGGACUACUUUACGAAGUGGCCAGAGGUGUAAGCGGUGCUGGACCAGAGCACCACCACCUGUGCGGCGGUCCUCCUGGAUGGCAUGUUCAGCCUUUUUGGGGUGCCCGAGGAGCUACACAGCAACCAGAGGCGCAACUUUGUGGUAUCACCAAAUGAUCUAUCUGGUCAUACCUCUGAGGCUGAUGGUCACCCUCAAGUAAAGCAGUUACCACACGUUGCCUGAAUGAAAAGUGGUCUAAUUUGCCCUCCUGCAGUCUAUGUACCUACCAAGCGAUUUGCUCAGUAAGAUCAAGGCAGUGUGUGAUUAGUGGGAAAUGCCACUUUUUACCUCUAAUCAACGUACGAUACAAUCGUAUGUUUUGAUGGCUUGAUGAAUGCCACCCAUAUGCUUGUUGUAGUCUCUGAUAUGAGGCUGGCUGACUUUGCUAGGUUUCUUGUUCUUGUGACAAUAUCAUUUGGCUGCCUAAAUUGGAUGGACCAGAGAGGUAUUGGAUGCUACAGUAACUAUGACGUUAUCAUUCCAUUUAGCAACAACAAUUCUUUCCUUUGAGUCCACAAAAAAUUCCACUGUCCCACAACUUGACUUCAACAUGGUGUUUUUCAAAGGGAGGGGACAGCCGGAGGUGAGGUUUUCCCUGAUCGUAACUAUUGCUUCAGUCCCCUUGUUAGAUAUUUUUUAGAGGAAUGGAUGUGAAGAAGUUAUUAAAGGAAAUGUGGUAUGGGUAUUUACCAAGGCUAGCUAGCACAUCUGUGUAUUGCAACAACACACUACCUCCUUAACCAAAACCCUAUUGGUAGGAUCAAUGAUGGUCUUUGCACUCUGGUAGGGCUCGAUCCACACUCCAGAGCUUAUACCCGUACCUUAUAAGCUUGCCCCUUAUAAACUGCUUAACCAUGCCUUCCAACAUCAGCACUAUUCCCAGUACAUGUGCCUACGUGGAAGCAGUAGGUCUUUACUUAGAAGCUGAGACACAGUUGGCCAUGGCCUGUAAGUUUCUUUCAAAUCACCUUUUGUCCAUUUGUGGUUUUUCUUUUGACUGACCUUCCUCUUCUGAGUAGGUGGUCUGUGAAGGCCACCUACUUAGGUGACUGUCACCUCAUCCUGUUGAACCUUGUUCUCUUCUAGCAUUAGGAGGGUAUCAUGCAGUGCUAGUCCCCUGUAGAAAAUAAAUACGUCACGUUCUAACACACCAACAUCAUUUGCAUCAUCCUAUAUGUGGGACACCAUAUUUUAAGGGAGUCCUGCUGGAUCAGUUCAUUAUUUCCAACAACACUAAUACUAUUUAUACUUACUUAGUUAAUUUAUAAACACGUGUUCCUAUGUAGGUUCUACUUUACUCACUUUCUCGGAUGAUUGACUUGUGAAGAUGGCAUUUCGCUGUGGCACCUUCAUGAAUAUCGUCUCUACGGUGUUUGUCUCACUAAACAACUGAGGAGCAAAAUCUCUAUGUGCGUAGAAAGGAGUCGAGGAACUAUCUAGCGCCGCUCACAAGAACUACGUAGAAAAAUUGUAAUUCCACGUGACCUAAAUGCAGGACAAUAGGCAUAUCUGGGUUUAAAUUGUAUUGUGGUGAAGGAAAGGUCUUAAUAUUGUUCAGUACAUACAGAAGAUAAAGAUUAGGAGUUACUUAAAAUUACAAUGGUAUGGGUCGUUUAUUAUUAGUAAGACUACAGAACUGAACAGAUGCUACUGUGAGCCUGUCAGAGACAGACAACAUUAACUCAUCACUACAAUGUUAGCUUAGACAGGCCAAUUGGAUGUCCACAGCGGCACAUUUUUCAUGUACAGAUAACAGUAUGAAUCAAAAGUUACUGACUAGUUUUGUAUUAUUCUUGUGAUAAAUCAAGACAUGCAUACAAUGGAAUCCAAUUUUUAUGUAAGAUAUACAUUAAAUGUAUUCUCUCUUAAUUUUGUAUUGUUAAACUGACAUACAUACUGGCUUACCUUUAUGCAUACAAAUCUGAACAAUGAGAACACUUUGAACCAUGAAGCAGCUUGGCAGUUUUGUAAUAUCCCUGAUGUGGUAUUGGCUUUUUUCAUUUUGUGCUGUUUCCUUCAUCUUUUCUACCUCUGGUUACAGAUCCGUCACACUGCCUCAAUAGUGUUCUUCCAAGGCAGACUGUUGAAAUACUGUAACACUAAAAAUAACCUGGUGUUCCUUUAAAAUAAAAUGCCUAACCUGGCCUCUGUGCAAUUCUGAUUAUUAUUAUUAUUAUUAUUAUUAUUUUUUAAAAGGUCCUUGGGUAAUCAAGAGUAUUGUGCAAAAACCAUUUAAACAAACUACUGUACACAGCAGAAACGAAGAGGGGACAUAUUCAUCAUGAUCUGUAAUAUUCAUCAUGUUCAUGAUCAGUUUUGAUGCUUAAAUAUAAAUGUUACUGUGUUGUACCCAGCACCAGUACAGUUAUAUUUUGCACAAACAGGAAAUUUGUGUUAACACAGCCAACAGAAUCCAAAGCUUAAGCGCUAUACAAGGCAGUUUACUGUGCUUAAAGUGUGCAAUACGUGUUUAUUGUUGUCCCGAACUUUAACCAAAAAUGUGGCAAUUAGUGCAAGCAUCUAAUCAUUAUUUCAUCUGUUAAGUAAAACAUGACUUAAGCCAGUGUUCCUCUGAGGCCCGUCAUUCGGACACCAUUCCACAAUGAGGGAGAUGGUAAUGUACUGGUUCUGUAUGAAAAAAAGGCUAUAUUGGUCUUCAAACUGAUGAACACUACAGUAGCCAUCUCCUAAUUAAAAAAAAAAAAAUGUUAACUGCCCUCCAUCAGGCAGCCAACCAGCUCCUUCAAUGAACACUGACUGACGGCCGGAAGAACGUGUCGGUGCUCAUUCACGUGUGCUUUCUCAGUAUGAUCAAGGAGACACACUGGGUUUCUGAUUAUAGCCAAACAUUUGUCAAGUUUUCAAAAUAUGCCAAGGGGAAUAUUCAGUUUAGUUCCAUAUUAUUUAUUUUAUGGGGCAAUUCAUUUAAAACUACAGACAUAAAAAGACACUCAAACAUAACACAGCAUUAGCAACACUUUAAAAAAAUGUUGAUAACAUUAUAUAAGCCCUUAAAUUUAAACACAUAUAUGUAGAUUGAUUGAAUGUUGCCAUAGGAAAAAACACUGGUCCUGUAUAUUUAGAUAGAACUCCAUUGCUUAUACAGUGCUCAGGAAUACAGCACCUUAGCUACUGUUUGACUAAGGAAGAUGCAACACAGGGCAGCUUGUGGUGACUAUUGUAGCAAAUGCCUUGUGCAAAGUUCUAGGAACGUCUAAUGCAGUAAUUGCUUCGAUAGUGGUCUUAUUCAAUAGUUAAGGUUGUAUUCUCCAUGCAAUUAAUGCAACUGAUUGUAUCAUCCUCCUUUUGCACUCUGUGUGAUUAUAUCACACUCCAUUCCAUACAGUGCCUCAUGAUCCCAGUUUUAAACGGGCUAAGGUCCUUAUUGUUUCCCAAAAAUCUAAAGAAAAUCCUGUACAUCACAGAAACCAUAAUGUAUGUGAAAUAAGUGGUUCAUAUUUGUUCUAUGAAUUGGUGUGAUGCCUGUAACUUUUGUGUUGUACUUUGACAAAAUUGUAAAAAAGAAGUAAUUACUCUAAUAAAAGUCUUUUCAGUGUAUUACUGGUUUGUGGGAUAGUAUUAUUAUUAUUAUUAUUAGAAAUAAGAAUACUCACUGUUACAAAUGUAUCUUAAUAUUUCCAGUGUGUAUCUGUUUUGUGCUGUUUUUUUGAAAAUUGGAAUAAAAUGUU